AUGUUCAGAAAGAUCCACUCCAUCUUUAGCUCCAGCCGGCAGAGGAAGGCUGCUGCGGAGAGCCCCUACUGCAACGGAGCCGGUCCCACCGUGAGGCUCAUUCGCAGCAGCUCCAUGUACGUGGUCGGGGACCACGGCGAGAAAUUCAGUGAGUCCUUGAAGAAGUACAGAAGCACGAGCAGCAUGGACAGCAGCCUGUACUACCCUCCCCAGGAGGAGGACCGGGCCUGGAUGUAUUCGCGCACCCAGGACUGUCUGCAGUACCUGCAGGAGCUGCUGGCCCUGCGCAAGAAGUACCUCAACAGCUUCAGCGACCUCAAGGCCCACCGCACACAGGGCGUUUCCUCCACCUCCUCCAAAUCCUCCAAGGGAGGCAAAAAGGCCUCUGGCCAAUCCUCCUCCAAAGAAAUAAAGAAAGUAGCUUCAAAGAAAUACUCGCAGUUCAGUGCCGAUGUGGCCGAGGCCAUCGCCUUCUUCGACUCCAUCAUUGCAGAGCUGGAUACAGAGAGGGGACCCCGGGUGGCCGAGGCUGACCUGCUGAAUGAAGACGUGGAUUUUGAUGUGGCCACCAGCUCCCGGGAGCACAGCUUGCAUUCCAACUGGAUCCUGCGGGCCCCGCGCAGACAUUCUGAGGACAUUGCUGGACAAGCUGGCCACACCUCAGACAGCCAGUUUCGAAGGAGCAUGGAGCGCAGGACCAUUGGCACCCAGAGGAGACUGGAGAGGCACCCCAUUUACUUGCCCAAGGCUGUGGAAGGGGCAUUCAACACCCUGAAAUUUAAGCCCAAAGCCCACAAAAAAGACCUGGGGAGCUCCAGACAGAUCCUCUUCAACUUCUCAGGAGAAGAUACGGGAUGGGAUACGGAGCUCUUUGCACCGGAGCCCAUGGCGUCUCCAGGGGAGGACUACUAUGAGACAGAGAAUCCCAAAGGGCAGUGGCUGCUUCGAGAAAGACUAUGGGAGCGGACAGUGCCCUGA